AUGCCUCGUUUCAAGACCGCGUUUAAUGGAUACUCGGCUCGCUUCAGCCCGUUUGUGGAGAAUCGGCUGGCUGUCGCGACGGCACAGAACUUUGGCAUCAUUGGCAAUGGCCGUUUGCACGUACUCGAGCUGUCCCCAGGAGGCGGGUUGGUGGAGGUGAUGGCGUAUGACACGGCGGAUGGGCUGUACGACUGCUGCUGGAGUGAGGCGAAUGAGAAUCUUCUUGUGUCUCCCAGUGGCGAUGGCAGUGUCAAGAUAUGGGACUUGGCUCUCCCUCCCGCCAGCAACCCCAUCCGCAGCUUUGAAGAGCACAUUCGAGAAGUCCAAUCAGUGGACUGGAACGUUGUGCGCCGUGACUCCUUCCUCUCAUCAUCCUGGGAUGACACAAUUAAGCUGUGGGCGUUGGAGUCAGGGCAGUCUCUGAGGACGUUCAGGGAGCACACAUACUGCGUCUACUCGGCAGUCUGGAACCCAGCUCAUCCUGAUGUUUUUGCAUCAGCAUCUGGCGAUUGCACUCUCCGCGUCUGGGACCUGCGUGAGCCGCGGUCCGUGCUUAUCCUCCCAGCCCACGAUAUGGAAAUCCUCUCCUGCGAUUGGAACAAAUAUGGCGGCGGGUCACUCAUCGCCACAGCUUCGGUCGACCGAACCAUCUGCAUGUGGGACAUCCGAGCGCCCCGGCCCGGGCCUGGCCGUCCCGAGCCUCUGGCUCGGUUGCAAGGGCACGCGUACGCGGUUCGGCGUGUGCGGUGCUCGCCGUUCCACGAGCCGCUGCUUGCCUCGGCGUCGUAUGACAUGACAGUGUGCUCGUGGGAUUUUAGAGCUCCGGAAGAUGCGCUUUUAGGGAAGUUGGAUCAUCAUACGGAGUUUGCGGUGGGGUUGGAUUGGAGCCCGUUGGUUGAAGGGCUUAUGGUGUCGUGUGGAUGGGAUGAGAUGUCGUUCGCGCUCGAUCUCGCCGUGGGCGGCGCGCUAGGCGGCGUGUCGCACACGAUCGUGGCGCCGAUCGAGCGCGUGAAGCUGCUGCUGCAGACGCAGGACAGCAACGCCGCGAUCCUCGCGGGGCAGCACCGGCGGUACCGCGGGUUCGUGGACGCGGUCACGACGAUCGUGAAGGAGGAGGGCUUCUGGGCGCUGUGGCGAGGGAACGGCACGAGCGUUAUGCGCUAUUACCCGUCACUUGCUCUCAACUUCGCGUUCAAGGACUACUAUCGCGUUCUCUUCGCCCCGUCUCACCUACUUGCCGAACCUUCCGCCACGCGAAUCGCAGCAGGAAACUUCCUGGCAGGCGCCGCAGCAGGAGCGACGAGCCUCCUAGUCACGUACCCUUUAGAUGUCGCGCACACGCGCCUAGCCACCGAUAUAGGCACGCGCCGGCAGUUUGCAGGCAUGCGAUCCGUUAUAGUGUCACUCUGGCGGGCGGAGGGGAUCCGAGGCUUAUAUCGCGGAUUUCCUGCGUCUGUACAUGGGAUCAUCGUGCAUAGGAGUUUGUACUUUGGCGGGUUCGAUAGUGCCAAGCAGCUGCUGUUGAAGGGCCACGGAGGAGGAGGGGGAGGGGGAGGAGGAGGGGGAAGAGGGGGAGAGGGGGGAGGUACGAACGGGGAAAGGAACGCUGUGGCGAUGAAAGGAGAGAAGGGGAGGGCUGAAGAGGAGGAUGGGGUGGGGAACGGGGAUGGAUUGGGGUUGGGACUGGGGUCGGGAGGAGCGGCAGCAGGGAUGGGAUUAGCUGCAGUCGUUGCAGGAGCAGAAGCAACGGGUGGUGUGAAUCCUGUCAAUCCUGCUGUUGCCACACCCAACGUGCGAGUGUCGGGGCCAGCACCCUGCCCUCUGAGCCACUCGUUUGACAACCACCAGCUAGAGCACGUGCAGCCUCAAAGCCAAACACUCAGCCAACUAGGUCAACAGAGUCAACUGAGUCAAGCAGGUCAACAGGGUCAGACGAGACAACUGAGUCAGCCUGGUCAACCAGGUCGAGCAGGUCAACCCAGUCAACCGGGUCAAUCACAGGGCAAGGCUCAGCAGCACCAGCAACCUCAGCAGCAACACCAGCAACAGCAGCAUCAACAACAGCAAGCAGGACGGAAGAUAGUGGUGUUCAAGAGCACGUGGGCGUGCUGGAAGCACGUGUAUCGGCAGGAGGGAGUGCUGGGGUUCUACAAAGGCCUCUUCAGCAAUAUCCUCCGAGGCACUGGGGCGGCAUUCAUUCUCGUCAUGUACGACGAGGUUCGGCAGUUUGUGCACGGGGAUGAGGCACUGUAA